AUGAGCCUGCCAAUGACUGCAGGUACAUUGAGCCGAUGGAGUCCUGGAGCUCCGAUCAUACAGACGACCGCAAUGCCUGCUGCCGGUGGAGAGCUGUCCUCGCUUCUCACCGAGGUGGCGAAGAACCGUGCCGAAGCUGCCGAGCUGCGGUUGCGUCUCAUGCACCAGGGAGCGGCUCCAGCGGUGCAGGCGCAACCUGUGAAGGUGCAAGACACCCUGCAGCAACAGCAACGCCUCAUAAGCUGGCAACCUCCGGUUCAGGCCGCCUCCGCCCACGAGGCUGUGGUCGCAGAUGCCGCCAAGGAUGUGCGGGCUCGUUUGGCCCGCCUCCGCAACGAGAUCGCCCAAGAAGAUGUAAAGGUGCCCCAGCAGCGUGCAGCGGGCACGGCUGACAAGCGGCCGAGGCCGAAAGUCGGCACAAAGUCCCCUAUCCAGAGGCGGGCUAGGCCCUCGGCAGAGGCGCCCGAGUCCGAGCCGCGGCCUGCUCGAAUGCGCCAGCGCCAGUCGCGGCCCACUUCACCAGCUUCCUCGAUGAGGAGCUACGCGUCGGCCCACAGCGCAGCUGCCUUGCGGACGUGCACGUCCGUGCCAGAGUACAGGCUCAAGCCACCAGAGCCACAGUUUCUCUUUAGCCUGCCGCUGAGCGUCUACACAGGUCCGAAGCAGCUUGUCGAUCUCACCUUUAAGUCCGGGCGUGGUGACAGCCGCUCGCCAAGCCCGCAGUCUCGGAGAGCGAAUGGUGAUGCGAGGAGUCCUCCGCGCCGAUCCACUGGAGGCGCGCCAUCAUCCGCAGCAGGCUACGGCGGCUACGGUACGCCCUCCUCCGCUGCGCAGUCUCUGCGUCCGGCGCAGAGGAUGUCGACGCAGACUGAACGCCUAGGCAUGUCGCCGCCCGGCUCGCCGCGCUCCACAAGCCCUUUCGGCACGCCAGGCUCUGCGGCAUUCGCAUGGCCGCCGCCUGCAAACCUCCAGCAGGCUAUACCGGCCCGCUGCAGCUCCCCGUACCGGGUCGUUUCUGCUCCGCGGGCUGUGUCUCCAAUACAGGCGUCGCAGCAGCGGGCCCUUUCGCCUCCCCAGGUGCUGACGGCAAUGCGGCCGGCCUCCCCUCAGGUAGCUUCACUUCCUGGGGCAGCGUCAGCUCCAGUGGCUGCCUGA